AUGUUGAAAAUAUUCUUAUAUUAUCGUUUUGCAUCUGGAAUAGUUUUAGUAAAACGUGCCGUGAGCAUACAAAGUGAUGCUAAUCUAAAUGCUCAAAUGAAACUAUUAAACGACAAAAAACAGUUUCGAAAAGCACUGGAAUUAUUUGAUGAAUACAAAGAUAAAAAUAUUGGUACACUAUCUAGCUUCACAAUUCUACAAGCUUUAAAAUCGUGUGCACAAAUUCGUGAUCUUCAACGGGGCUCAACUAUUCACAGGUUCAUGUCGUCUGAUAUGAAAAAGAAUUCUUAUAUAUUAAGUUCGUUAAUUCAUCUUUACAUGCAAUGUGGCGAUGUUGUCCGCGCACAAUCCAUAUUUGAAAUGUCAGGAAAAAAAACUCUAUCAAUGUAUGGAGCGAUGAUGAAGGGGUAUGUUCAAAACAAAAUGGGGAAAACAGCAAUUGAUCUUUUUAAUGAAAUCGAAGUUCCUGAUGAGUUUACUACAACUUUCUUGUUUAAUGCAUGUGCUCAACUGGAAACUAAUGAAGCAUUAGAUGUAACAAAGAAAAUUGCGAAAGAAAUGCCAAAAUCUUUUCAAUUCGAUCAUAUCCUGUUAACUUCUCUUUUGGACGCAUUAAUCAAAUGUGGCGAUGUGAUCAGUGCUGAAACAUUAUUCUAUAAUGCAAAGAAAAAAACAUUGGCGACGUAUGGAGCGAUGAUGAAAGGUUAUAUAAAAAACAAUGUGGCGAAAAAAGCGAUAGAUCUUUUCAAUGAAAUUCGACUUCCUGAUGAGAUUACAACAACACUACUGUUCAAUGCAUGUGCUCAACUGGAAACCAAUGAAGCAUUAAAUCUAGCAAAGAAAAUUGCGAAAGAAAUGCCAACAUCUUUUCAAUCAGAUCAGAUUCUUUUAACGUCGCUUUUGGAUGCAUUAAUUAAAUGUGGUGAUUGUGCAAGUGCAGAAAUUGUUUUUUCUAAAAUGAAAAAAAAUGUCAUUGUCUAUGGCAAUCUAAUGAAUGGUUUUCUUAAAGAAAAUAAUCCUGAGAAAACAUUAGAUUUAUUUAAUCAAAUGAUAAUCGAUGGUAUUGAGCCAAAUCAUAUUCUUUAUCUGAUUGUAAUCAAGGCACUAUCACAAGUAGCUGAUUAUUCAUUAUCUCAAUCGAUUGUUGAACGGAUUCCAAAAUUAAUUUUUGCCGAUCGUCAAAUUCAAAAUUCUUUAAUCCAUAUGUGGGGAAAACUUGGAUUUGCUCAUAAAGCUAAAGAAAUAUUUGAAAACAUGAUUGAACCUGAUCAAAUAGGAUACGGCGCUAUGAUUAAUACUUACGGUUUGAAUGGAAUGGGCAUUCAAGCUAUUGAACUUUAUUCGAGGAUGCCAACAGAAUUUAUUCAUGAUGCAAUUCAUGUCUCUCUCUUAAAUGCAUGUUCACAUUCGGGACUGAUUGAUCAAGCUCGUGCAAUCUUUAAAAGUGUUCAAUUAAAAACAGACAAAAUCUAUACAAGCAUGAUCGAUUGUCUCAGUCGUGGGUCUUUUCUUGACGAAGCACAAAAAUUAAUCGAUGAAUUUGAAUGUCACAAUGCACCGUCAUGGCCCAUGUAUAUGGCAUUGUUAGCUGGUGCUCGAAACGCAAAAAAUAAUCAGAUAUGCCAAAACGUUUUUAAUCGUAUGAAGAAACUUUUUCCUGAUUUAACCGACCCGAUAACAGCCGCUACAAUUCUUCUCGCCAAUAGUUAUGCAUCCUCGGGCGAAAUCGAUAUGGCAUCAAAAUUAAGACAAGAAUUAGCUAAAUUAAGUAGAAAGAAACAAGCCGGUAUUUCAUGGACAUUAAUCAAUGGUCAAGUAAUUCGACUUCGUGCUCAUGAUCAAUCGCAUAAUUUAUCGGUUCAAAUACAUGCUGAAGCCGAGAAAAUCUCAAAUGAGCUUAUAGCACAUGGUCAUAAAUUCGAUUCCAGUUGGAUUACCCGACCACUUAGUCAGGAUGAAACCGUUGAAUCUGUACUUUGCGGCCACAGUGAGCGAUUAGCAAUUGCACUAAAUUUUGUUGCAAAUCCUAAUGUGUCACUAAUUGAAAUCAAGAAAAAUCUUCGCAUUUGUGGUGAUUGUCAUGAAGCCACAAAAUCAAUAGCUGCUAUUCGUCAAUGUGAAAUUAUUAUUCGAGAUGCAAAUCGAGUUCAUCAUUUUCACAAAAAUGGACAGUGCUCAUGCAACGAUUAUUUUUGA